GAAAAAGUUUUAAACAGAAAGAAAAAUCCAUAAAUAUUUCCGGUUUUCAGUUUUAACAGCAUCGACUUGGCGCGACGGGCUAGAAGGAAUCAGUCUGGGUUUUCUUUUUCACUUAGGCCUGGCUAUUUGCUAAAGAUCGCUUUUUUCUUUCAUUUAAAGGGUUUUGAGGAUGGUUGAGUAUUGAGAGAGAAAGAAAGACUUUUUUUUCCUUCUCUUUUCAGUGUAGAAUUGAGGAAAGCUGUUGACUGGGUUGGUUGUAGAAGGAUGGUGUUGGUGUUAGCAAUAGGGGACCUUCAUAUUCCUCACAGGGCACCUGAUCUGCCUCCAAAGUUCAAGUCCAUGCUUGUUCCUGGCAAGAUUCAGCACAUCAUUUGCACUGGCAAUCUCUGUAUCAAAGAAGUUCAUGAUUACUUCAAGAGUCUUUGUCCUGAUUUGCAUGUUACUCGAGGUGAAUGUGAUGAAGAUUCCCGUUAUCCAGAGAACAAAACACUGACAAUUGGUCAGUUCAAGCUUGGAAUAUGCCAUGGUCACCAGGUCAUUCCUUGGGGGGAUUUGGAUUCACUAGCAAUGCUUCAAAGGCAAUUGGACGUCGAUAUCCUUGUAACUGGUCACACCCAUCAGUUCAAAGCAUACAAGCAUGAGGGUGGUGUCGUCAUAAACCCUGGCUCGGCCACUGGUGCAUAUAGUAGUUUCACGUAUGAUGUAAACCCAAGCUUUGUGCUCAUGGACAUCGAUGGCCUGCGCGUUGUGGUAUACGUCUAUGAACUAAUUGAUGGUGAAGUUAAGGUUGACAAAAUUGAUUUUAAGAAGACCUCCACCACUCGCUCAGCACAUUAACCUGUUACUUUGAUGAUGCUUUAGCUGUUUGGGCAUUGCCCUGGGCUAUUUGAACCAACUGUGAGAAGUUCCUGGUCUGUUUGAACCAAUUGUAGUUAAUAUAGUAGAGAGGCUUAAUUUCUUGUAUCUCAAUGGGGAAACAUGUUUAAAGAUUAUAGUUUGAGAUCAAGUGAAGAAUAAAUCUCUCUUUUUACCUGCGUUGGUUGUUUGUAUA